UCGGGUCGGUGGCCAAUUCGAUGGUGAACGCGUGCGGGAUUGUGGGCACAUGCGAUUCUGAAAAGUAGUAACCGCGACCAGGGUGCGGAGUAAAAGCACCCUACGAGAUGUAAUAUAUACGGGUUCUGACAUAUUCAAGUCUUUUGUGUCUUCAAUUGGAAAAAGAAAAAAAUCAAAAAAACAACAACACUUGCAGAGACGUCGACUGAUUGUGCUGUGAAGGCAGCUGAGGGAUUGGAGAGCGAGCGAGAGAGAGAGAGGGAGAAAGUGUGUGUGUUGGAAGGAUUUGUAGGAGAGGAAGGAUGGGAUUGCCGAAGCCUUUGGGGUCGUAUGGGGUGUCGUUUGCGGAGUUUGAGCUUCGACGGAGAAGUGAGAAGACGCGGAUAGGUGAGUCCAGGGGUACUGCCAGGUCAGGAGCUGUGGCAGAGACGCUACCAAGCGCGGAAGGGGCCGUUGAUGCGAGUUUUUUAUCCCACGGCGUCGAAGAAGACGUGGUCGAUUUUGGAGGUGAAGUAUCGGAGUUGGUUGCCGAAUGUGGAUUAUUUGAGCGGGUUUCUCUCCAAAGCAUUGCCUCUUACUACUGGUUUUCGCCGAUUUGUUGUCUUGGUGAUAUCAUAUUUACUUUAUCCUUUCUUCUAUCCAUUCUUACAAACGCAAGCAUCAGUAAAGCAACCUUUACUGGUUCCAGAAUGUAGCUUGAUCAAAGAAGGGCGCCUACCAGUGGUCAUUUUCUCUCAUGGCAUGUGGGCCUGUCGAACGACAUAUACAGCAACUUGUAUUGAUAUUGCCUCCCAUGGUUACAUUGUUGUAGCUGUGGAGCAUUUGGAUGGGUCAGCAGUUAUAGCUCAAUAUCACGAUCAUCAGGGCAAAAGGAGAUGGGUAGAGCAUGCCUUUUCUGAUGUUGAUUUCAACGAAGUGCCUAUGAGCGACCGUUCGAGACAACUUAGACAGAGGGUCGAGGAGAUCCAGAAAACCGUGGAGGUGCUUCAAGCUUUGGAUCAAGGAUUGCUGUCUCAGAAAUCUAAUGCGAUCAAGGGACGAACCAGCCUUGAUGUGAAAUUUCUGCAAGGACGAAUGAACUUCGACUAUUUGGCGAUUCAUGGACAUUCUUUUGGGGCAGCCACAGCUAUUUCUGUGUGUUGUGUGGACGAAAGGUUUAAAUGUUGCAUAGCGGAAGAUGUAUGGUGGGCUCCUGUGGAAAAGGCUGAUUAUGAGAGAGCGGCUUCUAACGUGCCAGUAUUGCUUUUGAAUACGGAACACUUUAACGGGAAGGAAUUGCAAAACAGCCGUAAUAAGUUUCUGCGUGCUCGAGCUCAAUUACAUGGAGAAUCAGCAACCACGGAGCUUUUAACCAUGAAAGGCACGUCUCAUGAGGAUCAAUCUGACUUUCCAUUAUUAUUCGCGAAGGCCUUGAAGAGAGCUGGGAAGGCUAGUAAGCUGGAUGUGCGUAAUGCGAAGGACAUCAACAGCAGAGCCUGCCUUGAUUUCUACCUCAGGAAUCUGUUACCCCCUGGUACAGGUGCUCCUUACUUAGUGGAUGUCGUGAAGGAAGAUGGUGAACAUCUUGAAGUUGGCAAAAUUCCUCAUUCAAAAUUAUCCACAGUUGUAUAAUCCUAUUUUCACGUUUUUAUAUACACUUGCAACACAAUUCAUUCAUUAUUUUCAAUAUGGAGUAUUAUGACGAGGUGCUCUGUAUAAUCUUGACUCAGAGAUCUUGAAUGAAUGUCACGAUUCUAAAAUGCAAGAUCCAAUA